UCCGCAGUUCUUGACCAGGCUGACCGAGAGGUUCGUGCUGGGAGUGGACAUGUUUGUGGAGACGCUGUGGAAAGUCUGGACGGAGCUCUUGGACGUUCUCGGCCUUGACGUCUCGAACAUGUCCCAGUAUUUCAGCCCAGCCUCGGUGGCCAACAGCCCGGCCCGCGCCCUCCUGCUGGUCGGCGCCGUCCUCCUGGCCUACUGGUUCUUGUCUCUGACCCUGGGCUUCACCUUCAGCCUCCUGCACGUGGUGUUCGGCCGCUUCUUCUGGGUGGUACGUGUCAUCCUGUUCUCCAUGUCGUGCGUGUACAUCCUGCACAAGUACGAGGGCGAGCCGGAGCACGCCGUCCUGCCACUGUGCUUCGUGGUGGCCGUCUACUUCAUGACCGGGCCCAUGGGCUUCUACUGGCGCAGCGGCCCGAGCGGCCCCAGCCUGGAGGAGAAGCUGGGGCACCUGGAGAACCAGGUCAGACUGCUCAACAUCCGCCUCAACAGAGUCCUGGAGAGUCUGGACCGCUCCAACGGCAAGUGACAAUCAGCCGGCCGGCCGGGGCCCCUCGCGCCAGCGCCCUCUCUCCGAAAACAGAAAAGGAGAAGGAAAAAAAGAACACCAAACCCCAAACAAUCUUAAUAAACGUUCCAGAGCAAGAGAGUGGCGCUUUGUGAGGGUAUUUCUGGCCACGUGUCGACUCCUGGGACACGUUCCAAGUGGAGUGAUAGAUCAUUUGUGUGGAACUACCUGCGAAGUGUCAUGAGUGGAGAAAAUAUUUUUUAAACAAAGGAUAUAACCGUCUUAGCUGUACAGUCAGAGAAGUUUAUCUGUGCAUAGAGCAUAAAGUUAAUUUUUUCAAGCAUUUAAAUACAUCUUUUGUAAGGUUUUUUAAUAAAGGCAGAUCGAGUCAAGUU